AUGGCUCCACUGUUCAACUUGAUGCUGGGCCUCCAGUUAAUAUCUCAUCCCUUUGCAGAGUCUCCAUCCAAAGUGCAGCUAGUGGGAGGUACCCACCGCUGCGAAGGGCGAGUGGAGGUGGAACACAAUGGCCAGUGGGGGACUGUGUGUGAUGAUGGCUGGGACCGGAUUGAUGUGGCUGUGGUGUGCCGGGAGCUCAAUUGUGGAGCAGCCAUCCAAACCCCACGUGGUGCAUCAUAUCAGCCACCAGCAUCAGAAGAGCAAAGAGUUCUUAUUCAAGGGGUCGAAUGCAGCGGGAUGGAAGACACGUUGGCUCAAUGUAAACUAAAUUAUGAUGUUUUUGACUGCUCACAUGAAGAAGAUGCUGGGGCACAGUGUGAGAACCCAGACAGUGAACUCCUCUUCAUUCCAGAGGAUGUGCGGUUAGUAGACGGCCCAGGGCACUGUCAGGGUCGAUUGGAGGUGCUCCACCAGGCCCAGUGGAGCACUGUGUGUAAAGCAGGCUGGAACUUACAGGCUUCAAAGGUGGUGUGCAGGCAGCUGGGGUGUGGGCGGGCACUACUGACCCACGGAAGCUGCAACAAGAGUACUCAGGGCAAAGGGCCCAUCUGGAUGGGCAAGAUGUCAUGUUCUGGACAAGAAGCAAAACUUCAGUCUUGCUCUUUGAGUCAUUUGGAGAACAACUGUACCCACGGCGAGGACACAUGGAUGGAAUGCGAAGAUCCUUUUGAGCUGAGGCUGGUGGGAGGAGACACUCCCUGCUCUGGGAGGUUGGAGGUGCUGCACAAGGGUUCCUGGGGCUCCGUCUGUGAUGACAACUGGGGAGAAAAGGAGGACCAAGUGGUCUGCAAGCAACUGGGCUGUGGGAAGUCCCUCCUUCCAUCCCCCAAAGCCCGGCAAAGCUACGGGCCCGGGGCAGGCCGCAUCUGGCUGGAUGACGUCAAUUGCUCGGGGAAGGAACAGUCUCUGGAGUUCUGCCGCCACAGGCUGUGGGGGUACCACGACUGUACCCACAAGGAAGAUGUGGGGGUGAUCUGCUCAGACUAGUAUCCCAGGCUUUGAUGUAUGAGCUGGAUCCAUGCUUGUUCAGUGGGCCCUGAUUCUCCCAGUGGUUACAUCAGGCUGUGGGCUUUAGCCACCUCUCUCUCAACCUCGCAAGAGUCUGAACAGUGUGUUCCUAUCUUGAUCUCAAGGCUACACGCCCCCAUAAUCACCUCAGGACACGAGCUGCUGAACACCCUUGCUGACGUUUCCAGCUGCCUCACUGUUCACUCCUUGGUGACGCCCCCAUCUUUACUGUCUCUCCCCAGCCUGCCUGUAACUCUUGGGCCUGCCAGAGUGACCAGCUGUGCAGGCCAUGAUAAGACACAGCCCGUCUGUGAACAGCACUGAGGAUGUGACAACAUGAGGAACACUUGAGAGGGAAUGUGGGCAGACAGAAUUUUGGAGGUGGGAGAGAUAAUACAGUUGUUUAAAUGUUUUUUAAACUUUGUAACAUGUGAAGUGAUCAUAAUAACACUUUAUCAUUCUGCUUCUCUCAGAGAAAGCAGCAGGGUGGUUUCCUGCAGCCCUCAACUGUUACCUGUUGAGUUCUAGAUGUCUACCCCAAACUUCCAUCUUUAAAGUUUGAUGUCUAAUGCAACAGUAUUCUGAGGUGGGGCCUUAGGGAUCUAACUGCAUCAUGUGGUUUGAUCCUUCAGUCUUUAUGAGUGGAUUAAUCACUGGCGAAUCCCCUGGGAGAUGGUAGAAACUUGAGGAUGGGAUCUAGUUAGAGGAAGAAGGUCGUUGGAGUGUGCCUUUGGGAGGGGCUAUUUUGUCCACAGCUUGGCCGCCUCCCUGUCCGGAUGGGUUGCUUGCAUAUCUUCACUACUAUGUGUGAAUUAUGCUACAAUAAAC